AUGACACAGGAGUACGACAACAAACGGCCAGUCUUGGUUCUUCAGAAUGAAGCACUUUAUUCACAGCGGCGUUCCUAUACUAGUGAGGAUGAAGCCUGGAAGUCUUUCCUGGAAAACCCGCUCACUGCAGCAACCAAAGCGAUGAUGAGUAUCAAUGGCGAUGAGGACAGUGCCGCCGCGCUGGGCUUGCUCUAUGACUACUACAAGGUUCCGCGAGAGAGAAGGUCAUCAGCAGCAAAGGCAGAUGUUGAGCACCCCGAGCCGGACCAUAGCAAAAGAAACGUACCAAACGUGACGGAGCAGCCCCUCAUCUCUGCUGGCGAAAAUAGGGUGCAAGUGCUGAAGAACGUGCCGUUCAACAUCGUCCUUCCGCACGGCAACCAGCUGGGCGUCGACAAGAGAGGACACCUGACGGCCCCCGACACCACGGUCACCGUCUCCAUCGCAGCGAUGCCCACUCACUCCAUCAAGACGGAAAGCCAGCCCCACGGCUUCGCUGUGGGCAUCCCCCCAGCAGUAUAUCACCCCGAGCCCACGGAGCGUGUGGUGGUUUUCGACCGGAACCUGAAUGCUGACCAGUUCGGCUCUGGUGCUCAACCCCCAAAUGCGCAAAGGCGCACUCCAGACUCUACCUUCUCGGAGACCUUCAAGGAAGGCGUUCAGGAGGUUUUCUUCCCCUCGGAUCUCAGUCUGCGGAUGCCUGGCAUGAAUUCAGAGGACUAUGUUUUUGACAGUGUUUCUGGGAACAACUUUGAAUACACCCUGGAAGCCUCCAAAUCGCUCCGACAGAAGCCAGGAGACAGCACUAUGACGUACCUGAACAAAGGCCAGUUCUAUCCUGUCACGCUAAAGGAAGUGAGCGGCAACGAGGGUGUCCACCACCCCAUCAGCAAAGUCCGCAGUGUGAUCAUGGUGGUUUUUGCUGAGGACAAGAGCAGAGAAGACCAGCUGAGGCACUGGAAAUACUGGCACUCGCGGCAGCACACGGCAAAACAAAGGUGUAUUGACAUAGCUGACUACAAAGAAAGCUUCAAUACCAUCAGCAACAUCGAGGAGAUCGCUUAUAAUGCCAUUUCUUUCACUUGGGACAUUAACGAUGAAGCAAAGGUUUUCAUCUCUGUGAACUGCUUGAGCACAGACUUCUCUUCUCAGAAGGGUGUGAAGGGGUUACCUCUGAACAUCCAGAUUGACACCUACAGCUAUAACAACCGCAGCAACAAGCCUGUGCAUCGGGCAUACUGCCAGAUAAAGGUCUUCUGUGACAAGGGAGCCGAACGAAAGAUCAGAGAUGAAGAACGAAAACAAAGCAAAAGAAAAGGCAAGUGCACUGACCCCAGCUCCCAGUUGAGCGCCUUUUCCGAUGUCAAAGUGCCGCUUCUUCCCUCUCACAAACGCAUGGACAUCACAGUUUUCAAGCCCUUCAUUGAUCUUGACACCCAACCUGUCCUUUUCAUCCCCGACGUGCACUUUGCCAGUCUUCAGCGGGGUGCUCACGUCCUUCCCAUUGCCUCAGAAGAGUUGGAGGGUGAAGGGUCCAGCUUGAAGAGGGGGCCGUACAGCUCGGAAGACGACUUUGUGAUCCCGCCUCCUGCUAAGCUGACCCGGGUAGAAGAACCAAAGAGAGUGCUGCUCUACGUGCGGAAGGAGUCAGAAGAAGUCUUCGAUGCCCUGAUGCUCAAGACUCCAUCCUUGAAAGGCCUGAUGGAAGCUAUCUCUGACAAAUAUGAUGUUCCCCAAGAAAAGAUUGGGAAAAUCUUCAAGAAGUGUAAAAAAGGGAUCCUGGUGAACAUGGACGACAAUAUCGUGAAGCAUUACUCCAAUGAAGACACCUUCCAGCUGCAGAUGGAAGAGUCCGGGGGAUCGUUCAAGCUCACCCUCACUGAGAUCUGAGGAUGCCCCGCCCACGACUCCCAGCG